AUGUCCCGAAUCCUCCGAAUAGGAGUCCUCCUCGUAGGAAACGUCCAACUCCUCGAUCUGGCAGCUGUAGAUCUCCUUUACAUGGCCACGCCAGAAUACCUCAACUCCUCCUCGCUCACACAAACCCUAAUCGAUAUGGGCCGGCCUUGUCAAAUCCACUAUAUAGGCCAAGAAGGCGCAGGUGGUAUAAGCACAGCAACAGCGCAGAUGCCUAUCCAAUUGACGGAUAAACCAACUGACGAGACUGUUUCACCGGGUAAAUUGGACGUCGUGAUUGUACCGGGCCCCUCGCUGAAAGCCAUGCCGCCAGCAGAGGAACAUCUUGAUUUCUUACGCGGGCAUUAUGCGUCGGGGACAUCAAUUCUGGGGAUCUGUACGGGGACGUACAUUAUUGGGUACUCGGGCAUUGCGAAGGGGCGGUAUGUCACGGCGCCUAGACUGUUGGUUCCUGAGAUGAGGAAGUUAUUUCCCGAGGCGAGGAUGUGGGAUGAUGGGGUUCGGCUUGCUAGGGAUGGGAAUCUGUGGACUAGCGGCGGCGUCACGAAUGGAUACGACCUUGUUAUUAAGUAUCUCCGCGAGAAUUAUCCGGAACUACUCGUCAACACCAUCAUCGAUCAGGCGGAUAUUACACCCCGGCCACUGCAUUACAGUAGUCCGGCGACGGUCAAUGCGGCGUAUGUCCUCUGGCAAAUGAUCAAAGCACUUCCGAAUACGAUGUUUCGGGUAUUUAGGAAGUAA